GAUUCUUUCUUUUAGAAUGACGAGAAGAGAGAGAGAGGGGGGUGGAGAGAGACAUCAGACCUCGCGUCCACGGCUCCCUUUUGGGUAUUCCCAAGAGGUCGCUGUCAUUUACGCUCCCUUUCUCACCUCCCUCACCGGCUUUAAUUCGAAUUUUCUCUCCUGAUCGGAGCCUUGCUUGGGAAGUGACUAUUUAAACUAUUGUUUACCGACGAAUUCCCUCUUACGGCUAUUGUGGUUCUUGGCUCAUGGGCUUCUGAGUUCUGAUCAAGGCGGUUCAUCAAGGAGUAGCCAGCUAGCCUUAUUGUUUGGCAAUGUCAUCUGGGAAUACCUUUAUUGAUGAUAUGAGGACCAAGUCUGAGGUUGUUGAUCUUCCCCAAAAUGAAGCUAUGCUGGAUGUCGGUGAACAUGUGAAUGAUGCUCCACAACAUACUCUAAAACCUAAUGGGACAGUUGCUAGCGGCAUUCGUGAACUAUUGGAGUGUCCAGUAUGCUUGAAUGCUAUGUAUCCUCCAAUCCAUCAGUGUUCAAAUGGCCACACAUUAUGUUCUGGUUGCAAGCCUAGGGUGCACAACCGGUGCCCCACUUGCAGGCAUGAACUUGGCAACAUAAGAUGUCUUGCAUUGGAGAAGGUGGCAGCUUCACUUGAACUUCCAUGCAAAUAUCAUGAUUUUGGGUGUGUGGGCAUAUACCCAUAUUACAGCAAGCUAAAACACGAAUCUCAGUGUGCAUUCCGACCCUAUAACUGUCCCUAUGCUGGUUCAGAGUGCACUGUUAUUGGUGAUAUCCCUUCUCUGGUGGCCCAUCUGAAAGAUGAUCACAAAGUAGACAUGCACAAUGGAAGUACUUUCAACCAUCGCUAUGUUAAAUCAAAUCCACAUGAGGUUGAGAAUGCCACAUGGAUGUUAACGGUUUUCAGUUGCUUUGGACAGUACUUCUGUCUGCAUUUUGAGGCCUUCCAGUUGGGGAUGGCACCUGUGUAUAUAGCAUUUUUGCGGUUUAUGGGCGAUGAUAAUGAAGCCAAAAACUACAACUACAGUCUAGAGGUGGGAGGAAAUGGUAGGAAAAUGAUUUGGCAAGGAGUCCCCAGAAGUGUAAGGGACAGUCAUAGGAAGGUGCGUGACAGUUUUGAUGGUCUCAUCAUCCAACGUAAUAUGGCUCUUUUCUUCUCAGGUGGAGACAGGAAAGAAUUGAAACUAAGGGUAACUGGGAGGAUCUGGAAGGAACAGUGAGGAUCUCUCUUUUAACUCUUUUUCCCUUUCCAAUCUCGAUUUUGUCUUCCAAGUAGUCCUUUGAUAGUUCUGUGUCUUCUGUUCAUGUAUUUCUUGGAUAGUAGAAGGCAAGCUCUCUUUGCUUCACCUUGCAUCAAAUACAUGAGAGGAAAGACCAUCAUCUAUGUAUUGGAAAUCAUGUAUAAAUUUAUUUCAGAGGUAUUAUGUGCACCCUGCAUAUAUGCA